UGGAGCGAUGCCUAGAGGAGGAAGAGACUACCCAGGGGACAAACAUUCCAGAUAGUGACUGUAAUCAUCUCAAGAUCUAAAGGCAAGGCUGAACAUGGAGGAUCCAUGAAGAGGAGGGGCACCUGGUGUGGCUGGAAUGGAAUGAUGGGAGAAUACAUUAGGAGAUGAUGUGUGUAAUCAUAUAUGUCAGUACGUAUGGAAGGGCGGAGUCAAGGGAGACUCUGGCCUGCCAUCCAAGGAGCAAUAUAUAAUGGGACACAGGUAAAGCCACAGAACAUGUGGUGAUACAUAGAUUAAUAGAAAUGGGUUGAGUUAAGUUAUAAGAGAGAGCUAGCAAGAAGCUUGAGUCAUAGGCCACCCCGUGUGUAAUUAAUAAUAAGCCUCUGAGUAAUUUUAUUCCUUUCUGAGCUUCAUCAAAGAUGAUGUUACUGAAUCAAAGCAACUCUCCAUAAAGAAAUGACAAAUGUUUGAAGAGCCUUAAAAUAAGAAUAAAGAUACCCGGGUGGCUGGGUGGUGGUGGUACACACUUUUAAUCCUAGCACUAGGGUGGCAGAGGCACUAUAUUUUUUAAAAGAUCUCUUAGGCCAGGCGGUGGUGGUGCACACCUUUGAUCCCAGUGCUCCGGAGGCAGAAGUAGACGGAUCUGAGUUCAAGGCCAGCCUGUUCUACAAUGUGAGUUCUAAGACAGCAAGGGCUACACAGAGAAACCCUGUCUAAUAAAACAAACAAGAACUUUUAGAAUAAAGAAAGAAAAAAAAGACAGAAUCGGAGACAGAAGGCAGGCAGAGGGAUUGGACCACUUAGUAUAGGUCAAUGGUAAAUUUAAAAGGAAAUAGCGCCGGGCGGUGGUGGCGCAUGCCUUUAAUCCCAGCACUCGGGAGGCAGAGCCAGGCGGAUCUCUGUCAGUUCGAGGCCAGCCUGGGCUACCAAGUGAGUUCCAGGAGAGGCGCAAAGCUACACAGAGAAACCCUGUCUCGAAAAACCAAAAAAAAAAAAAAAAAAAAAAGGAAAUAGCAGAAAGUGGAACAGUUCUGGGAGAUUUCAAAAAGGCCUAACUUUUGGAUUAUGGACAUAGAAGAAGGAGAAAACACGAUUGCAAAGGCAUAGAGAAUAUCUCCAAUAAAAUAAUAGAAGAACUUUGCCCAAUCCUGUAGAUACAAGAGACCUGUAGAACUCUGAAUAGACCAGGACUAGAAAAGCAACUCCCCAUGACAUAUAUACUUAAAACAUUAAAAACACAGAAUAGCUGGAUGGUGGUGGCGAAUGCCUUUAAUCCCAGCACUCUCAAGGCUAGCCUGGUCUACAAAGAGAGUUCCAAGACAGUCAGGACUACACAGAGAAACCAUAUCUCGGAAAACCUUAAAAACAAAACAAACAGACAAACAAAAAACCUAAAUAAAGAGUAUUAAAAGCUGCAAAGGAGCAAGGUCAAGUCACUUAUAAUGUGGAGCCCACCAGAGUAAGACUCAGUGACUAUCUGACAGAAACUUUUAAGUGCAGAAGGGCCUGACAAGAUGUAUUCUAAGUUCUUAAAGACAACAACCCUGCAAAACUGUAUACUAAAAUUGAAGAAGAAAUAAAAUCAUUGCACAAUAAAAACACAUUUUUUGAAAAAUGAUUUUGUUAUGACCACUAAGCCAUCUUUACAGAGGACACUAGAAGGAAUACGCUGGUCCGACCACAAAGAUAAACACAUUAAAGAUGUCACAGGGAGUAUAUAAAUAAUUCCAGAACAUUUAAUUAAAGGAGGUAUAAGAAAACACCACAACAAAAUGACAGGAAUUAAUAUACAUUGUUUGAUAACAACACUUAACAUUAAUGGUCUCAAUUCUCCAAUAAAGAGAUGUAGAUUAGCAGAUUGGAUUAUAAACAGGACUCAUGUGGUGGUGAGGGCAAGGGAAAGACGCCCUCUCCGCCCCGCCCUUGCCCCUACUGCCUGUGGUGGGCAAGGGAGCAUACCCAUCCUUACCAACUUCAGCACUCGGGAAAGUGGGCCCUGCACCUCGCCUGGGCAGCAUGAUAGAGCCAUAUGGUGGUAUGGGAGGGGGAGAGACACCCCACACCACCACACUCCCCCAUCUCCCACCCCCACGCCCACCACUGCCUGUGGCAGGUGGGAGAGCUGGCCCUGAGGUCAUAAGAGUGGAAGAGCUGUCCCUGUCCCUGCUCCUCACCAGCUGAAGCACUAGGAGAGAGGCCCCUGCACCUGCCUGGGCAACACAGUAGCGCUGGUCCUAAUGGUGUAGGUGUGGGAGAGCCGACCCUGAGGGCGUGAAAGCAGGAGAACUGGCCCCGCCCCUUACCCUCAUAGCAAGGGGUGUACAAGCCAGGGCAGUGCUGGAGAGCUUACCCUGGUGGUGAGGCUAGGGGAGAGCUGGCAGGCUGACCAAACUAGCAACUACCCAGGCUCAGAACCAGAGUUGACCUACCCCAGCAUUCACCCCAUCUAUGAUCUGCUGGAAGCACGUGAAGGGGCCGGUCGUGCAGAUCCAAAGCUUCAGGAUCUCCAUGACUCAGGGCAACAACAGGACACACAAGAGGAGUGCCAUGGAGGGCCCAGCAUCCAGAGUGGAGCAGAAACCAGAGGUCUUGAACCAGAACAGUGACUCUUUGCAAUGAACACUUGCAAGUAAAGAUAUAUGAAUUAAAAAGAAAAAGAAAAGGAAAUACCACACCUUUAAUCCCAGCACUUCGGAAGCAGAGGCAGGCAAAUCUCUGUUUUUAAAAUAAUAAUAAUAAUAAUAAUAAUAAUUGUUUUAAUGUGCAUUGGUGUUUUGCAUGCAUGUAUGUCUGUGUGAGGUUGUCAGAUCCCCCAGGAACUGGAGUUACAGUUGUUAGCUGUCAUGUGGGUUCUGGGAAUUGAACCUGGGUCCUCUGGAAGAGCAACCAGUACUCUCAAUCACCUCCAGCCUGAGAUCUCUGUAAAUCUGAGGCCAGCCUAGUCUACAAAGUGAGUUCCAGGACAGCCAGGGCUGUUACACAGAGAAACCCUGUCUUGAAAAACAAAAAAGAAAAUAUCAGACCAGUUAGCAUUUGACUGAGCUUUUCUGGACUCAACUGACUUGACUAUAGCCUGUAAGAAGAGUUAGAGUCUGAUCCACACGUCCAUUCUAGAGCUUAGGCUGAAGGGCAGUAGCUACCCUGGGGAUGAUGUCACAGUGUUAUCAGGAAAGCAAACCAAUCAUACUAACAGGUUUUGAGCCUUUGUUCACAUUCUUUCCACUAGUCAAAGCAAGUGACACAGACAAGCCUUAAGUCAAGAGGUGGGACAUGCACUGUGUCCCCCACCUUUAAUCCCAGUGUUCAGCAGGCAGAGGGAGGCAGAUUCAAUUCAAGGCCAACCUGGCCUGUAGAGCUGGUUCCAUAACUAUAUAAUAAGACCCUGUCUCAAAAAAGAAAAGAAAAAGAAAAAAGGGUAUAGUUAACUAUGUUCUUUGAAAUAACUGUGUUAAGGAAAGAAAUUAUUCUCUGUAGCAUAUGAACUUCAUGUAAGCUUGUAUCUUUCUCAUUUUAAAGAAAGAAUGAAAGAAAGGAAUUAGCCCAUUAAUUAUUUAAAAUACGUGGUGCAACUGUUCCUAUGAAUUAAUCCAAGGCACUUGGAAGACAAUUACACUCUGUGUUAAUAACAUUGCCAGGCUUUUCCAGUAUGCUGCCCUCCAAAGAGUACUGUGAUUUUGUUGACAACGUUCACUAUUACAUAUGCAUAUGGAAAACAGGCAUUUUCAUCAGAAUUACCGUAAUAGCAUUAAGAGAUUAUUACUUUUUCCAGUUUCCUUGGAAGAACAUUCACUAAAUCAGAUUAUUGUUUACUUGACUGCUCUUCUCUCUGUCCUGUACAUUUAGGUAACUAGAAUCCUGGAAAAUAUAAACUUCAGGAUAAAAACAUGAUUUUAUACAUUAAUGAUCUCAAAUAAAAGAGGAGUGCUACCUUCGUGCAUCACUUCUUUCAACAAAGUUAAGUCUGUGUUCUGCUUAGGAGAGAUAACACUUUUUGUCCCUGUAGGUGGCCCCCUGGUGUAGCCAUUAGUUGCUAAUUACUUGCAAACAAAUAAACAAUUAACUCCUUAAGCUGCUGGCUAGGCAAGUGUUCAUUGACUUGCUAAAACUUUCUAAAACAGGAUUUUAAUUAGUGACGUUCAAAACCCAGCCCCCUAGUCAACAAAGCUAUAAGGUGAAGUGCUGGAAGGUCCCAGCUCUGCACACGUGGGGCAGGAGCCCUCCAGCUCUGUACCACACAGAGGAGGAUGUCGCCCAGCCUUCGGGAAGGUGCUCAGCUCCAGAAAAGCAAACCCUCAUCCUGCUCCUUCUCAAUUGAGAGCAUUUUAGGACUGGACCAGAAAAAAGACUGUGGACCGUCAACAAGACCCCACAGACCGUGGACAGACACCUGCAGCGACUCAGAGAAAUACAGCAACUCGUGCCUACGUGCCCCAGAUCUUCCCAGUGAGAUCUCAUUUCCUUGUCCCGUGGAUCACCCAAUGCCAGAAGAAGGGGCUUUGAAAUAUGAAAAUUAUUUUUCAGCCUCAGAAACACUCUCUUUGAAAAGAGAGUUGAGCUGGUACAGAGGACGAAGACCAAGAACUGCUUUUACCCAAAAUCAGGUUGAAGUAUUGGAAAAUGUCUUCAGAGUGAACUGCUAUCCUGGAAUUGACAUCAGAGAAGACUUAGCUCAAAAGCUAAAUCUAGAGGAAGACAGAAUCCAGAUUUGGUUCCAAAAUCGUCGGGCAAAGCUGAAAAGGGCCCGUAGAGAAUCACAGUUUCUAAUGGCAAAAAAACCCUUCAACACAGAUCUUCUGAAAUAGUUUUUAAAAGUACACAUGUGAGAUUCUCUUCCAAUUGCGGAACACAAGGAAUCAAUGGAAAUCCCAAGUAUCUAAAAUGUUACCGUCUCUUUCCUGUACCUAAUGAAUAUUGUCAUGCUUUCUGAGAAUAUUGCAAAUAAUUAUGAUUCUAGCAUAGUACAUAUUAUAUCUGGACAUUUUUAGUUAUAAUAAAU